AUUCAGUAAGAGCAAUGGCCGUCAACUUUUUGGUCUCGAAGAAGAAAGGCCUUAUUAUAUUUUGAUGAAUUUCUUGGCUACAUUACUCUGAUACAACUCCUGAAACUGGCCAAGGUAAAAGCACCAUGGAAAAUAAUAUUUUACCGGAAUCCAGUGGUGCACCUUGGCAAGGACCAGGGGUGCCUGUAGCUCUUAAGGAGGAGGAAGAUGAAGAAAUAGUAGUAGAUGGAGGUGAAAAGUCAUUGACAGCUGUUUUGGAUGCCCCAGGUCCAUCCCAUCUGACAGCUUCUCCUCUACCACUAAGUAUACAAUCCGAAUUGAAUGUACGUGCAGAGGCCUUGGUAGAACAGACAUUAGGGUUGACACACGGUGAAGAAGAGAUGUGGCAAUCUACAGAAGAGGAUAUUGAUGUGGUGUCAUUAGAUGCUAGCAAUAAUCGUAAUGUUGUAGAGAAUCGUGAAGAUAGAGUAACUGUUGAUGCUGUACAAACAGUCUCUGCUCAAAAUGCAACUUUAACUGAAGAUUUCCGUAACUACAUGGGUCAUUUAUCAAAUUUAUCAAAUAGUCCUGUUAAUCCUCAUGCUGUUUGGCAGGGAGCAGCAAAUAGACCUACCUACAUGUGUCCUUCAGAAGAAGAUGGCUGUAAUAUGUGGGCAGGUGUACCCAAAAAACACCGACCAUUACCCCCAUGUAAUCAUUCAUCAAAUUUGCCAUAUUUUGAAGAUAACACCCAGAUGAAUUUUCAAAGAACCGAUGCAAAUGAAAGACGAGAAAGAGGACAUCAACCUCCGGUUAUGUACCUUCAGCCACCUCGGCCUGAUGGUAUGUUUGACUCGACAAAUCCUUAUGCAUUGUUUAAUUUGCCGUUACCAUCACUACCUCGUAACUCAUGUUGUCAAGAUAGAACAAGUGAUCGGAGACGGUAUGGAAUAUUUAAUUUAAAACGAGAUGGAUCGUCACGCUGUAAUGGUGUACCUGCUGGUGGCAAUAAUGGUAGACAGGUCUCAUCUCAGGGUGUACAACAAAAUACUGGUAAAUCUGAGCUGUCUCAUGAUGAUCGAGCUGCAGAUCGUUUUACAUCAAGGUCUGUUGGUACUGAUAAUAUUGACAUGGCUGCAGUGAAUGGUGAGGGUAGUAGAAGGGAAGAUCGGAAUAUAAUGGUGCCACAUUCCACACCUGGGUCACAUCCCAAACCUGAUGAACACACCAGAUCAAUUAAUUCUGGUGAAUCUUCUAGCCGUACUUCAGCUCAUUAUGAUUUAAAUAAUCUUGCGUUUUCUCGAAGAGAUCGUAGAAGACCUCACAACAGCAGACCUAUUCCAGACUCGGCUGCUGUUGCUCGUUCAGUCCCCCAAGUGCCACAACCAACACAGGCUACUGUUGCUAUGGAUACAGAUCAUGAUUUUGUUACUAACUGUAAUGAACAACCAAUGAGAACUUGUGCAUCUAGCCAAGAAGUACCGAAGUCAGAUUGCAGACACAAUGUUUCCAAUGUGACAGAGUUUGGUAGAAAUGUUGCUUCCAUUGAAAGUGCUGAACCGGAUUCUACACAAUUUGAACCUAGAGAGAGAGGUGUGCGAGUUGAAUCUCCUAUUGUUCCUGAUGUACAUAUAUCUGAUGGAACAGAUGAUAGUGAUGUUGAAGUUGUACGCAUUGAAACAUCACGAACUAGAAAUCGCCAAGAAUCAUCAGGAAGAGCUACAGUUGUUGUUGAUUUAACUGAGUCAGAUGAUGAAAAUAAUAAUGUAGCAAGUACAGCUAGUCAAACAGUCACUGAACUACCUGCUGCCGCCACCCAAACCCCUGCUUCCCCAGUACCAGUUUUACUUGUUCCCCCUCCCCCUAUUAACCCUACUAGCAGUAAUAUCCCUCCGCCUCCCUUUAUUCCUCGCUGUUACCCUAACUUGCAUCAUUACCAUCUUCAUCAACCUCCACCAGCACAUGCUCAACAUUUACAGAAUCCAAGACCGGCCCAUACCUGUAGGAUGCAUGACCAUGUGAACUGUCAGGAUCACAAUUUUACGUGUAAUGGGCAUUGUGCAACUGGAGCCUGUCCUGAUCGUUUUAAUCAUAGAGAUAACAGUCACUGUCGUCAACAUAAUAUUGUGCCUAGUGUACAUGCCCACAGUCACAACCGUCAUGCACACAAUCCGCAUACUGGACAACCUGCCUCUAAUUCACAUAAUCAUGACUACAGAUUACAACAUCCUUGUGUUGGUUCUUGUAAUCACGUUUCUCAAAUACAUCGACCAUCUGCUCAGCCUCCUAGAGCACAUAUACAUCAUCAUCAUUAUCAUCCUGCCCCAUUUACACCACCUCAUGUAGCCAUGCCAGCACAUCCACGCCUGGUACAUCAACACCAGCAGUCAGAAAUGUCCUGUAAUCAUGUGGAUCCAUCAGCAAAUGCUGCUAUGUUUGGGGGACGAGAUCCUAUGUGUGGUCGCAAUGAUUCCAUGCAUCAACAUCAAGCUGUGCCCGAUACCAUGGUCCUGCAUCCCCAGCCUCGACCUCUUCCCGAUCCGAUGAGCUUACAUGCUCAAACCAGACCAUCAUGUAUGAUGACAUCGCAACACUCCCAAGUGCCCCUUUCACAUUCUGAUGUGUUAAUGCAGAGUGGAACUAGUCAACCUGGUCCAUCACCAACUCCUACACCUAAUCUUCAACACCAGCAUCUUCAUCAUCACCUUUAUCAUUAUCAUCUAAACCCUUCUAGACUUAACCCAUUUUGGCCUAUGAGACUUACACCUUUCAUGCCACCAAUGCCAGAAAUGCCACCAUUCCCUCCCCUCCCAACUUUUGCUCACCUGCCAAGAAAUAUGCAAAUGAGACUUGGUGGUGUGGUUAUCCACAGUCCUGCUUUUGAGUAUUUUGAUGGUAGAGGUGGAAAUGUCAAUCGUGGUGCUACACAAGCUGUUAUUGAACAGAAUACAUUACCACAUAAAUAUAAAAAGAUAAAACGAUGUCCUGAGAAUGAAGAAAAUGAUCAACAAGAGAAAUGUACUAUCUGUUUAAGUGAAUUUGAAGAUGGGGAAGAUGUCAGACGUCUACCCUGUAUGCACCUCUUCCAUAUUGAAUGUGUUGAUCAAUGGCUGUGUACCAAUAAGAAGUGCCCUAUUUGUCGUGUGGAUAUAGAAGCAGGCUCUAAAGAUCGGUUAUCUGCUGAUUAACACAAUAAUUAUUAAUAUAUUUUUAUCUACCUGAUUAUUCUUUUGCUCAGUAGCUUUAUUAUUAUUAUUAUGAAUAUUAUUAUUAAAAUGUAUAUCAAAGCAUCCCUUUAUAUUAUAAGUAGGCCUAAAGCUUAUUGUGUUUGCCUCUAUCUUUCAUGUCAAAAUUCGGGAAAAUAUGUUGACUUCAUAAUCAAACUAUAUAUCAUUUUACUUGUAUUUUUUCUCAGUCAAAUUUACUUAGGUUUUUAAACCUGGCACAAGGAAAUAUUAUUCUUUAGAAACCUAAAUUUGUUAAAGAAAUAUUAGCACUAUGGAUAUCUUUGCUGGGUAAUUUUGGAUUUGCAAGCAACAUUGGAGUAUUCAAAUUUGACUGCACCCAAAUUUGAGACACAAUCUGCCCAAUUAUUGAUGAGAUAUCUAUAGAUGUUUGUUUCAUAAUACACAUUAUAGCUUGUGGUAUAUUUUUGUUUUUUACUUGUAGACAUGUUAAUAAGAUUAACUUCAUUUAUAUUCUUGUUGAAAUUAAUAAUAGAGUAGCUUCUUAAGUUUAAGUUGAUUUAUGCUAAGUUUUAUAGAAUAAGUACCCAGGUAAUCAAAUGAUUGCCUUAUUAAAAGGCAUAAAUUUAAUCUUCAAGUUGACAUGUUAAUCCUCUCCAAGAAGAAGCUUUGAGUUUAAUUUUGUGUGUUAACACUUAUUUACUUAUUAAACAAAUUUCUAGCUGUGAUUGCUUUCUUCUCUCAAGGGAUUCUUUUUGUUUAUGUUACUGGGUACUGACUUUAUUCUUUGACUUUUAAAACCAUUCAUGUGAAAUAAUUCAUGUAAUUUGGUUAAGAAUAUAGUGCAUGCAGAUAAUUGUUCUACAUUAAACAACUAAUGGUAUUGGCAAGAUUUAUAUCUGUAUGACAUAAUACAUUGUUCUUGGUGUAUUGUACAGCUGGACACGGUUAAACCUCUCUAUUCAUUUCAUCUCCACAGAUUAGAAGAUGUAUUCAUUCAUCUCUUCAUUAUGUAAUAAUAAUCAUAUCUCUAUCACCAUUACAUAUAUUUGGGAAUCCACUUUUGUGUACACAUUCUUUACAUGAUGAAUUUGGUUAUCGGGGGUCAUUUACUUAAUAAUAAUAAUAAUUGUUUUCUAUAGCGCUGAACAUUCAUAUUGAUAAUAAUAUUCAUUUGAAUUCACAUAUAUAUACUGUAUCGUCACAUAAGAUACUGAAUAAUUUGGUAUCAAUAAUAUUAUAGAUGUCAGUAUAAAUGCUCAAUUAACCUAAGACAUAGCUUUCUUGUGAAUUGCAAUAAAGUAUUAGGAAUUUAUUCUUUUUCUCUUAUGCACCCCAGCUUUUAAUUUUUAAAUCAAAAUCUUUCAGGAAUAGAUCUGAUUAAAACUGCAAGAGAAAUGUUAGAUAGCUACUCAACAUCUCACAUAAAUAGUCUAAAAAGCUUACCCUACCUCAUGCAUGAAAUUGGUCACUGUUAUUUUUAGAGAAAUAGAGCUCUUCAGUUUCUAAUACACAAUAUUUUUUAUAUUUAGCUUGAAUUAAAAAUUCUUAAACCUUAUAAUUCUGUGUUAUUCUUAGGUGAAUUCUCCAAUUAAGUCGUUGAUAUAUAUCCCAAAUAAAAAGCAGAUACUAAUAUGGUAAUUUGUAAGUUAUGCAUGUUAUAGAUAUUUAUUGUGUUUUUAGAAGUGAUCUUAUUGAUUAAGAUCAAUAAGAGUAUAAUUGUAUAUAUUUUAAUAUAUUUAUUUGUUCACCAUUGUUGUAUAAUUAAGAACACAGAUUACCUACCAUAUAUAUUAUGUAUCUACAGUUUUAAAAUGUGUAUCUUAUAAAGACAGAAACGAAAUUAAUUUGCCAUUAUUAAUAUUGAUAGAUAAUUUUUACAUUAUUAACUCAAAGAGGUAUGAAAUAUUUUUGUCAUAUUCUUAUCUCAUUAAUUGAUUCGUAAAUUAAAUAUUGUCCUUUUUUGCCUACCAUUUCUCAUGGCCUGGGUUUAACUUUUGAAAUCAGCAUGGUUGUUGUGUUAGUUUAUUGUUUAUUUUUGUUUAUAUAUAUAUCAUUAUAUAUAUAUAUUUAGCACUCACACAGAAUUUGUAUGAAGAAUUUUUAAAUGUUUAUUAUGGAAAAAAACAAAUAAACAUAUUCUCUAGUUGACUCCUAAUCAGCUGUGAUAGUCUUAUAUGUAGCCUUAAUUGAUUAAUCCAUUAGUCUUGUGUUGGUUAAUCAACUGUCAUGUUCAAUAUGUAACAGGUAUACAUAUGUAUGUAGUAUAUAUAUAUAUAUAUUAUAGUAUAUAAAUAGAUAUAUUUUACUUAUGUUGAUCAGUAUAAAGUCAUUUAGGUACAAUUAAUGUAAUUUUAAUCACACUGCCCCCUUGUGUUAUUCUCAUCUCGUCUCUUGUUGUAUAUCAUAAAAGUUUAAAGUAUUGAUGCCUUCAUGUAUAAUUCUAGAAUAUUAAUUGUAGGUUAAAGAUUGACAAUGUUUUUUGGUGUAAUAGUGUAAAAAUCUUGUUAAUUAUAAAGAGCUAAAUAUAUAUAUCAUAUGUCAGUAAGUACUUGUAUUUAUAUUUUUACACACUUAUUUUUUUUUUUUUUCAUUGUAUAAAAUCUAUUUUGUGGUAUUUUAACUACAAAGGUACACAGUUAUCUUUUUAAGAUAAAAAAAAAGAAAAAUAUUUAAAUAAAUUGUAUCAUGUAUAGUAAUUGCAUUUAAGAGGUACAUAACCAUUCUUUUUGAACAAUCAGUUAGCGAUAGAUAGAAGGCUGAGGAUUAAAUAUUUAUUUAAGUUAAUAUAAAGGUAAAGUUUAUAUUAAAAAUUCUUGAGGAAAGUAAGUAAAUUGCACUAUAUUUUAACAAAAAAUGUAUCUUAUCACCAUUCUCUGUGACUAAUCAUUAAACACCUUUGUAAAUGAAAUAAUUCAAGGAUUUAAUGAUUAUUUAACAUAGUUCUCCAAUUACCUACCUAGGUGUUUUGAUGAGCAGGAUUGGGUUUCCGAGAAAGUCUUAUCCCAUAUACCUGUCAAGUUUAAAUAACCUUUUUUACAGAAAUAUCUUAAAACAAUUUAUUAAAAUAGUUUCUUAAAAUAGUUUCAGGGAGUGAAAUGAACAUCACAAUAUAUAUUAAGUUGUUCUUGGCAUUUUGAUUGAUGUGACCUGUUUGGAUUUCUUUUUACAAUAAUUUGUAUAGUCAACGGUUGCAUAUUCUAUGAAAUUUUUAUUUCUGUUGUCAUUCAAAAUGUCAUGAUAUUCUGACAACAAAAUGUGGUCAUAAAAAUUAUAAAUGUAUGUUAAAUAAUAUAGAAAGUUAGGAUUGUGGUGAUAAAGUUUUGUCAUAUUAAAGAAACUUUUACUGUAGGAUAUGGUGUAUUAUUCAUAUCUAUGAGAUUAUGAAUCUUUUUUUUCUCUAUAUUUGAUGUGUAGAGUUUAAGUUGAUAUUACAGGUCAACAUGUUAUUUUAUAUAGUAACCAGGAAGUUAUCAUGUUUUUUUUUUACUUAAUUUAACUACUGGUGUAAGGUUUUUAUUCUGGAACUGUUAUUACUACAUUUAUUAAAUAAAAUACACACUUGUUUUGAUUGAAGAAUGGAUUGUGUGAAAUGUUGGUAAUUUGUUUGCAUUUGUUUUGAAUUGAUUAAUGGUUUGGGCAUUGAUUUUUACCAUAAAAUAGAAAACUGGACACAUGUUAAAGAAACCUAUUCAUUUUUAUUCGGUUUAGAUUGGAACUUGUUAACAUUUGAUUGAUUUUUGAUUUUUUCACUAAAUUUAUGGGAUUUGUGUACUAUCUUGUUGCAUUUUAUUCAGUUUGAUUGCAAAUUUAUUUACUUUAGGCUUUUACAAAACAGUGCAAGUAUUAUAUGAGGUAUAUUAGCAACUAAAAAUACAGAAUUUAUUAUCAUUGUUAAGCUUUAUGUUAAAAGGUGGUUUUUAAUUGGUAUUAUCUAUUAUAUAUUUACAUGAUAUGGUUUCUCUUGAGUAGAUUCAAAGAUAAUUUAAUACCAUUAUUAUUAUUAUUAUUAAUAUUCAAUUUUCCUAACAAUGUAUCUCAAAAUAUUGGAACCAAAUUUCUUUUCAGAAGCCUUUACUAAAUGAGAAUGUCUUCUACAAACAUAUUUUAAAAUGGCUAGACCUCUUUGAUUUGGGUAAAGGAUAAAAUUGUUGAUUUAAUUUAUUAAAUUUAAUGUGUUCAUUUGUUUUGACAGUUGGACAGCUCUACCUUUAGAAUUGUUCAACAUCAAGCCAACUUUGAAAUAUAACUAAUUUUGUGUUCAACAAUUGAAAGAUUAUGCCAAAAAAUUAAACUUAAAUUAGCAAACAAAACAACUUUCUGUCAAUCUUUCAGAAGGAAAAUUGAACCUGUUCUGUCAUUAAUGGAAAUAACUUAUAUAACCCAAUUCAACACAUAAGUUUGACCUAAUUCAAAGAGGUUUAGUGCCUUUAAAGAUGCAUUAUUUAAGGUUUAGAUUAAAAAGCUGUCAGUUCUUGCUAUAAUAGUCCUAAAUACAUAAUUCAAACUUAAUGUAUUGAAAAUUUCAUUCAAAUUACAUUAUUCUGAUCGAGGUUAUCACUGUUUGAAGUUUUGACAAGAUGUGUCAUAGAUUGGUUAUUAUUAUAGCAACGUUACUUGUUAAUCAAGACAGCUCGCUUCUCCAUUUUUAAAUAAAUUCAUUAAAUGGCAAUCGUAUUUCAAUUGGUUUACAUCUCGGCCAUCUGAUGCUCUAGAGAGUUGAUUAUAGGCUUGUCAUGUGAAUAAAUGUCUAAAUAAUAAUUUAAAGAUACAUUAUGGUAGAUUAGAUAAAGAGCUGCCAGUUCUCACGCUAAUAGUUAAAAACUAGAUAAUGUAAAGGGAAUUUGCUGAAAUUUUCAGUCAAAUUGAUCCGUUCUGAACCAAGAUUUUAGCGAUUGAAUUUUUGUCCUAGCCUCCAUCAAUCUGUACUAAAGUUGGUACGUUAAAAAAACAUAGUCUCAAUUAUCAAUUUUAUGAUUCAAUCAUGAAUGGAAGUCGAACAGCAAAUCGGAACCUAAUCCAAUAAACAUUGCAGGCUAGCGAUGACAUCAAAAGUUGAUUAUGAUCUGGAUAAUUUAAUUAAUGUCUAAUUAAUAAUUUAGAUAACAUUUCAGGCCUAAAGAAAGACCUGCAAUAGGCAGAUUUAGCUCUUGCAUAAUGUAUGUUUAACAUUUGAAGCCAAAAUAAAGAACUGCUAUAGGCAGAAUUAGCUCUUACAUAAUGCAUCUUUAAGUAACAUGCACAAUGAUUGUAUAUAAAUAACAAACAUUAUUUCUUAGUUUUCUAUAUUCUUGUCGCCAAAACUAUAUUGUAAAUUCAAAAUUUGAAAGGGGGGGAACAAAUAAUUAUUAUUACAAUAUUAGAACAUAUUGCACUCUAGUCAUUAUGGAAUAGAGCAUGAAUUUCAUUUAAUCAGUUGAGAUUCCUUGUCAAUUUAACAGCAAUUUAAAUUAACAUAUGCUCUCAUAUGUAACUUAAUUAUUUGACAUCAAAAUUUUGAUUAUAAUCACAACACUGAUUAUUAAAUUUGCAUACACUAUUCUAUCUGAAGUAACUUAGUAAUAGUAACUGUAUUCCAGAGUUUUGAGAUAAUAAAAUCCUUGGGAAAGA